CACUCACCUUGCAUGGAUUUGAAAGGUCGCUGUUAAGACUUAACGCCUCUCGGCCCCAAGCUGAGCAAACUCAAAGUAAGCUCAUCCGACGAUGGCGGACCUCCUCCGCACCGACGAAACCUCGCCGUUUCUCCAACGGCCCCCGGCCCCAACAAGAUCCCGCGAUACUUCCCCGGCGGCAUCGGCGUCACACAAACUCACCCUCUUCAACGGCCUCGCAAUCGUCAUCAGCCUACAAAUCGGCUCGGGAAUUUUCAGCGUGCCCUCACAAAUCAGCCAGUUCGUCACUGCGCCAGGCUACGGCCUUCUGGCCUGGCUCUUUGGUGGUAUCCUUGUCUGGACGGGCGCUGCCUCCUUCAUCGAGCUCGGAUUGCGCAUCCCCAAUAAUGGCGGCAUCCAGGAAUACCUGCGCGCCUGCUACGGCGAGUUCGCCGGGUUCUUGUUCACAUGGGUCUGGUGCACCAUCAUCAAACCCGCGGCGAACUCAAUGAUUGCGACGAUUUUUGCGGAUUAUCUCACCGAGGCCUUUGUCGCAGACCAAGAGACGCUGUCGUCUUGGGUGUCGAAAGUGGUGGCGGCGAGCUGCAUCGUGAUCAUGACGCUGGUUAAUUGCCUCGGCGCGACCGCGGGCGCACAGGCGGCCAACGUGUUUCUCUUUCUGAAGAUGGCGGCUCUGACCAUCAUCAUCGUUCUUGGCUGUGGCGUCUGGGCCUUUGGUCACGGAGAGGGUGUUCCCUCGUCCGAGUAUGGAUGGUUUGGCCAGGCUCCCGAGCAGCGCGAAAUAGGUCUUUGGGAGUGGCUCGGUGAUUUUGGGACGGCAACGUUUGGAGCAUUGUGGUGCUAUGCCGGCUGGGAAAUGGUUGGCUUUGUCUUGGGAGAUAUGAAGAACCCAAGGAGAGAUCUGCCCCUCGUAAUCAAUGGCUCCAUGAUUGUAGUGAUCAUCGGCUUCAUGCUGAUGAAUGCGGCUCUGUAUGUCUGCCUGCCGAUGAGCGUCAUGCGGACGAGCAGCACUGUCGCUGUGGACUUCGCGAACAGAAUCCUCGGAACUUGGGCUGGGCUUCUCUUUUGCAUCAUAGUAUCCAUCUCGGCAAUGGGUGCUUUGAACUCUAACGUGUUCGGGACUGCCAAGCUCGUCGUUGUUGCUAGUCAAAGGGGAUAUUUCCCUUCGAUCCUGGCAAAUCUUCACUGUAGUCACGAAAAGGACGAGGCUGCGUGUGUCGACGAAUAUCUCGCAUCUGCGCCAAGACUGGUCCGAGGACCCAUCAGGGGUUUCUUGUCUUGGACCCAGAAUCGCAGGUGGAGGCGAAACGUGCCGUUACUUCCCCUUAUGCUGAACUGUGCCUUGUCAAUCGUAUAUGUAGCUGUCGGAAGCUUCAAUGGGCUCGUCACUUUUAUCGGACUGGCGGCUUACAUGAUCUUCUUCUCGUCGGCCGUUGGACUCAUCCUUCUCCGUAGGAGAGACGGCCGCAUGCCGGGGGCGAAGGCUGCCGAGUAUAGCACUUGGCUCAUCAAUCCUGUCAUCUUCAGCGCCAUCAGUGGCCUGUUGGUUGUCAGAGGAGUCAUCUCAGAACCUCUGCAGGGAGGGGCCAUUCUCUUGGUCGCCUUAUUCGGCGUCGGCUUUUUCUCGCUCAGGUUUGGCUUGCGCGGCUUCACCCACGCAGAGACCGAAUAAGGCUCGCCCAGCCAUCCAUAUUUCCGUUAUGGUCGUGCAGCAGCUUCAUUGCUUCCCCGGCCGAAGCAGUCAAACGCGGCUGGCCUGUCCGCUCCGGAGCUUGGACUGUCCUCUCAAGCACGCUCUCCGGUCAACCCUGAGUUUCUUAAGUUUGUGACGCGAUAAAGGCUAGCCAAAGUUGCUCUUGCAGAACAGACUCGCAGAAUACAACAGCACAGCUCCCAACGGCUGUGAGUUUGGCCUGCUUCCCCACAGCUAGCCAAGUCGCAGUCGAGUGUCAGCGGUGAAUCUGCAGGAGUUAGGCACGUUGGAUGCCGGAGG